UGCACUGUCCUUGGUCAUCCGGCUGUCCUUCGGGGUAUCUCUCCAUGAUGAGCUUCCAUUUCAAGCGUGAUGAAAAUGCAAGGCUUUAGCUUUUAUUUCUUAUCCAAUGCUGCCAUCUUGUGGCCAUUUAGUAGAAUUGCUGCUUCAAGUGUAAUCAGUGGAACUGGUACGUCGUGCGCCUUCAACAAUCUGAUUGGAUAAAACAAGCUACAGACAUACCCGACUCCUGAUUGGCGCACAUUGAAUCAAACUGAGAAACACAAUACCUAAUUUGCAUUGACCCCAUGGCUUGUCCACGCACCUUUUUAAAAAAAAUACAAAAUGUUGCUGUACUGGUGUCCACAUCAGUAUUUUACAUGUGUUACAUUUUCAGUUUUAUGGUUAACUAAUAACAACAAAUUAAACCAGAAGCUGUCUGCAGAAGGGCUUCAGAGUCGUUUGAACUGUAGUUCUCUACCGAUGCUGCCGCCCCCUGGCGAGUAAGUCAAUGUAAUUUCUGUCAAUGCAAUUGAAAUGGUUUUGUUAGUGUUGGGCGGUGCGAAACGAACACAACUUUUGGUGCUGGCACAGGAAACGCCCCCUCCUCUUUCUCCUUGGACUUGCGUCAUAUUUUGUGUGCGUGUUUACAAUAUAAAUUGAAAUGACCCCUGCAAUUGAGUUUUUCUUGAAGCUUUAAACGGUCAUGUGAUCAGGGUGCUGGAGGAGCUAGCCUCGUGGAGCGCAGCUUCAUUAUGACGCAAUUGGAAGCUGCGCACGCAUGUCUGUGCUGGACGGGGCUUCGCUCUGCGUUACAAACAAACCCUCCUCACGUGACCCGCUAACAAAAACAAAGGCUUCUUCCCUGUCACGUGACGCGACGAGCCGUCACAGAAGGAACGGAAGCGUUUUGUUUGUUUUCUUUUUACGGAGGGUCUGAAAAAAAAAAUCUGUUCUUAAAUUCUAAACUAGUCAAGAAAAACCAAAACAAAAGCCCCGGUUACGAUAGUGUAGUGAAGGGGGAUUUCCUUCCCUCGUUAAUAAUACAGGACAUGCAUGAACAAGCCCGUCAGUAGCACUGGAGCGGCACUGCUCGGAUAAGCUCCGCGGUGUUAUGGCUUCCCCCGCGGGCAGCGGUGUGCGAGCGGCCGGCCCAGGUACGGGAGCAUCGGGGGCGCUGACCCGAGCCCGGCCCCCGCUCCUCUCUGCAGCCGCAGCCUCCUCCCCGAGGUCUCUGGUGGUAGCGGAGUCGGUGGACGAUGCGGAGGGGCUGUACGUAGCCGUGGAGCGGUGUCCCCUCUGCAACACAGCCCGUCGAAGACUCACCUGCGCCCGCUGCUUUCAGGCCGGGGACUUCGUAUACUUUGACGGGAAGGACCCCGAGAGGUAUGUGGAUAAAACCGAGAGGCUGAAGCUGCUGAAGAGCGAGAAGGAAGAUCUGCAGCAAAGAGUUAUAAAAGCGAUGGAUGGGAAGUUUAAAGUUGACCAGUUGAAGUGGAAGAUCAUGUCCUGUAGAAUGAGGAGCGAGCAGCUGAGAGAGGCCAUUUGCUGUGGAAAUGAAGAAGUGAAAGGCAACAGGGAGCUGCUCGCCCGCUCGCAGGACGAUGCCCAGCGGUUGGCUCGGCGCGCUCAGCGGCACCAGGAGAAGAAGGAGAAGAUCGAGCGGCACAACCGGCGGCUGGGGGAGCUGGUGGAGAAGCGCGGGCGCGAGGUGCAGGCCCGCCUGGAGGAACUGGCAACAGUGCGGUGCGAACACACCCUGGAGCUCACCGCACACAUCUUCAACACCCAGGAGGACAAGCAGGGCACCAGGGACCCUGCGGACCUGGCUGCGGAGAGUGACCUGGCGCUGACCUCCAGCACAGUCAGCGAGCUCGCCGAGGCGCGGCGCACCACGUACCUGUCCGGCCGCUGGAUCUGGGAUGACCAGAACGGAGAGACCAGCAUCAGCAUCACCGGGCCUGAGACCUCCCUGCCCAGCAACGGGGACUACUCUGCAUACUAUACCUGGGUAGAGGAGAAGAGGAGCAGCCAGGGGCCAGAAAUGGAUUUCAUCAACCCCGCUCACACCAUCAGCGCUGCCCUGUGCUACGCGACUCAGCUCGUCAACAUCCUGUCACACAUACUGGACGUCAACCUCCCCAAGAAGCUGUGCAACAGUGAGUUCUGUGGGGAGAAUCUGAGCAGAUACAGGUUUACCCGGGCAGUCAACAAGCUCAACACCAACAUACUGCAUCUCUGCUUCUCCCAGCAUGUGGACCCAGAGCUGCUUCACCCUCUGCAUACGCUGCGGAACAUCAUGUUCCUGGUGAGCCCUGACAACAAGAACCUGGGCAGGACCGGCCCCUUUGAUAUCAGCGCGGACCUGGAGGACUCGAUGGAGCUGGUGGAGCCGGAGGCUGCAGGGCCGGCUGAGGAAAGCGGGGAGGAGAUGGUGACAGAUGAGGAGACAGACCUGGGGACAGACUGGGAGACAGUGCCCAGCCCGCGCUUCUGUGACAUCCCCUCACAACCCAUGGAGCUGUCCCAGAGCAUGGCUAUGCAGGUCUCCCAGCCCAUCGGCAGCAGCUCCGCCGGGGGCAUGAUCUCCUCCGCAGCCGCCUCCGUCACCUCCUGGUUCAAGGCGUACACCGGCCAGCGCUGACAUCAGAGAGAGACAACAUCACAGAGGCACGGGCCAGCACUGACAUCACAGAGACACAUCAUCACAGAGGCACGGACCAGCACUGACAUUAGAGACACAACAUCACAGAGGCACGGGCCAGCGCUGACAUCACAGAGACACAUCAUCACAGAGGCACGGACCAGCACUGACAUUAGAGACACAACAUCACAGAGGCACGGGCCAGCACUGACAUCACAGAGACACGGGCCAGCGCUGACAUCACAGAGGCACAGGCCAGCGCUGACAUCACAACGACACUGCUGCACUAGGAUCAGCAACGUGGGGGACCGUUGACAUCACAGCCACACUGCAGCGGUCAGUGCAACAACAUGGGGUUCAGCACCAGAGUGCUCAAGACCUGGUCACUCCUGUGCCUGGUUACAUGCACUCCUCCUCUUACAGUCCAGGACCUUUUGUUUUUUGUAAUCUUUUAUGGCAACAUUAAGCAAUAACUGUACUGUAGCUACAGACUAUUUAAUGUUUUCAAGGGUGCUGUCUCAUUUUAUUAUGUACUACAGGGAAAACAAUGCAGAACUGAAGGGUUGACACAAAACCUGGACCGUCUGAGGUCUGUGGAGUUGAGGUGCAACAACACACUAUACCAAGACAGAAGAUUGCUACUGAGACUCUCACAACAGAGCUGAGCUGCAGUGCUUCUACACGGGCGUUUCUACACUCUGGACCUGUUCACUUCCAGCUUCCCUGCAGCAGCACUUCAUCUUGUUCUGUUCCUGAGUGCUCGCCAGUCCCUUUAAAAGAAAAUCCCUCUUCCUAAUGCAAAUCAACUUUAACCUGCCCAGCACAGUGGUGUUGAGGAUUGAGAACAUUUUAUUAUUGUUACUGUUGUUCUGGUUGUUGCAAAUGGUCUGGAAUCGAUUGCAUGGGGACACUGGGCCUACAUAAAAUAACUGAGCUGAGUGGGGAGGGUAUUGCCUCACAAAGGAGGGAACGAACCCAAGCAUGCCUGCUAUUAGAACACUGUUAAACCUACACUGACACUGACCCUGAGCCUGAGCUGAGCGCGGCGCUGUUGCAUCUGCACAGAAGGGGCUGCAUGUUGACUACAGCUAUUAGUAUGCUGAGAUGGGGCUGAAUGUGCAAUGUGUGGGAAACUUUAACAUUUGCAAAUAAAUAAACAAAAACAACUACAAAAAAAGAGGGAGGAGUGAAUGUGUUUCAAAAUCUUUUGGCACACUUUAUAAUGACUUUUCUUGUUACUAAAGCUAUUAUACAAAUAUAUUUUUAGUAGUGUCUGCAUAAAAUUUGAUGUUUCCAGUACAGAUUUAUAAUGGAAAGAUUGACUACUAUUGACAUUGUGUUCAGACUGUGGCAGGGGGCAGGGUGGUGUAUUUUGAGCUCACUGGUAAUUAUUAAAAAGUGAAACAAAGCUUUUAAAACCAGUCUAUCCAUGUUAUUUAAAAAUCCCUCUCAGUUACUGCUAACAGCUCACUGUGAUCAUUGUUAAAAUGGCUUGUUCUCCAACAUCUAAUUAAAUUAUAUUUAUUUCCUAGUGUUAAAUGACAUAAGAUGUGAACAUUCAGGAAGAUGUGCAUUCAUUUAUUUUUUAGAUACAGUUACAGACAGUUAAAUAUGAACCACACAGUGCUAUACUGUACUGUAAAUACCAGUCACGGAGGACGGAGUAGCACAUUCUGUGUGAGAACGGUACACGGUUGUGACAUUCCAGCGACCGUGUACAGACACACACGCGGGCAGCCUCUCUGACCUCUCCUAAUUGUCAGUGUGCAUAUGUGUAUGUUUACAAUCCCAAACAUGUCACACCCCCAGCACCAGUCUGCUGAUUCACAUGGUGCGACAGACGGGGUAAUUACUGUGUAAAGGUACAUAGCAGGUGGAGAUAACAACUGAUGGACUGCUGAAGCACUGGGCAUGGUGACAAAGGCUCCUAUAACUGAUGCCUGUAAAUGUUACUGCAUGAACUGCUCAACGUGGCUAUCGUUCAUGUGAAGGACAGCUACACUGCAGAGACCAUUGAAAGCACCAGGCUGCUGUGCUUUCAGAGAGACAAAACCACUUCUUUCAAUACAGACUUAAAUGCAGAGUAACUCAAUAGGUUUAAACAUUUACAUCAAGUGAUUUGUGUAACAACCCCCCCCCCCCGCCAAAAAAAUAAAUAAAUAAAUAAAUCUAGUGUCAUCCAUUUUAAAGUAGGGCUUAAAACUGGUUUUGAAAAUAAAGUUAAGCUCAAGAUGCACCCUGUGUGAAUCCAUGUGCUACAUUAUGAAAAAGUGUUCAAUAUAAAACCUAAGCAUAUUCUACACUCCAUCCCUGCCACAGCUCAACACUGACAAGCUGGAAGAGAAGUUCAUGAAUAAAGUGGUUCAAAAAUUAAGUGCAGUAGCUGAACUGCAAUUAUUGCCAUUUCAUUGUUACACAUUGCCACAAUAUUAGUAAUAGCUCUUAUAUAAUUUAUACUUUGCCAUAAAAGUCUGAUUUUAAACUUCUCUCAAGUUGUGUUCUUUUGUAUGUUUGUUUAAAUGUAUCUUUUGCUAACACAUGCUUCCUGUAGUGUAGGGACUGACUCCAGCAUACAAGAAUGUGUCUCGUCAGCUGAAUAAAACUGCUAUAAGACAGCUUUCUGUACCCUGUGCCUGUCUGCAGUGCAGCAGAAAUAAAGACAUGCCCAGUUACUGCACUAAAACAAACCUAUUCAUCUGAGGAAGACCGGUCUGUGCAGUAGAAAUCAUGGAUCUCAAGAUGCAGCCCUCCCUAACGCAUGGAGAAAAGAAAAUCACCACGGCAUACAUCAUAGGAUGCAGAACCAUUUCUUGAAAAAAAAUUAAA